AUGUUUACGUAUUUCCUAAAAGGGAUCAACAAGUGCCAGGACAGAGCUGACGUGGUGCAUCUGAGUAAGAAGUUACUCCAGAAUAUGCACCUGCUAGAUACACAAGAAAUAUCUCUAUGCCUGAAUAAGCUGUCAAAGGUACAUUUCGAGGACAGAGCCUUUUGGGACAACGUCUGUCGGAUAAUCACCACAACAGAUGUUCGGGUGGUGGACAAGUUCAAGUGCCUCCGGGCGAGGCGGGGAGGGGACAUCAAUGGCCACAUCAGCGACCACAUCAGCGGCCACAUCAGCGAAGGUGUGAGCGGCGGCAUCGGUGAAAGUGUCAGCUUCCACACCAACGAACGGACUGUUAGCGGCGCUUCCAAUCCCGGCUGCGAAGAAACCACUUCUGCACCACGGAGGGACAAAGUAGCACUCACCCGAGGAGUCCCACAAGAAGGGCAUCCACGAAACAUCAAUAGACUUAACCCAAAUGAGGGAACACAGGGAAGCAACCUCGAUGGUGAAGCGCAAAGGAAUGACCUCCACUCUGAAGACACGCGCACGAAAGACAAAAUACUGUACCAUUUCAACAUGGAAGAGUUGUGCCUUGUCCUGAACGCACUGGCGAAAGUGAACAUGAGGAACGAAGAAAUCUUAAAAGUCGCGUCGGAAAAAAUAAUCAGCGAAUUUGAAAUGAACCGACAUGUGGUGAACACGAUUAAAGCGAUUGGCAUUUUCGGUGUGGCCGCUGCUCCUAGUAGUCACAGUGGUCGUGGCGACCCCAUAGGGCAGGCCCUCCAGAGCGUUUACAAAAAUUACGAUCGAAUGAGUGGGAAUCUCACGGAGAGGGACAUCAGCGUGCUCAUUCGGGUAAUGCUGACAAGGGGAAGCCAAACGGGCGAGGAGCAGCCAAAUGGGAACUGGACAAGUGGGGCCACCCCCGCGGAGGCCCCACAUGGGGAAGAAGCCAGUCAUGUGGGGAGCAACAAUGUCGGAAGGAACGAUGUCGAAAGCAGCCAUGUCCGGAGGAACCAUGUCGUGUGCAACCAUCUCCGGAGCAACCCAGACAACCAGACGGCCAGCGCGCUGAUCGAUAAACUAAUCAGCAGUGUAAAAAAAAUUAACCACAUAAGCGAGCAGAGCAUCGCACUAAUCCUAAACGCAUGCACCAAGUCGUGCGUAAAGAACAAGGCCCUCUUGGAUAUGCUAAAGAUAGUUGUCAUUUUAAAACUUAAGCAGGACAAGAACAAAUGCUCCGACAUCUUUGUGAGCAGCGUAACGCACUCGUAUUCGUCGUUUGUGUACCGAGACAGGGUACUCUACGACACCAUCGCUGAGUAUGUUUGUGCCAACAUCGAUGGGAUAAGUGUGAAGGCACUUGUAAUCAUCCUUAACAACUUCGUCAACGUGGAUAUUGUUAAUGUGAAGAUGUUUAAUGCUGCUUUGGGGAGACUGGCUAGGAGGGAAGUGAUAAAUGGCUUAUCCAACCAGUGCACUUCCAACGUGGUUACCAUCGUUACUAAGUCGUAUAAUUACCUCUGCACGGAGAAGACACGCUUCGUUUUGCAGCUUGUGAAGGGACGCCUGCGCCGCGAGUUCUCCCUUACGGGGGUGGCCAGCACCAAACUGGCACGCGGGAAGGCGGAGAAAGGCGCACCAGAGAGCAGAGCACCGCUUAACGACACACGGGAGAGAGGCACACCGAUGAGCUUCAAACCGCCCAUGCGCAGCGCCUUCCUCGAGGGCUUCUUCACGAAGCAUCUGACGAACAUACUGAACAAUCUAAGCAAGUUAAACCACGCGGAUGCCAACCUCUUUGCACUCUUCUCUCACCUCAUUUUAAGAAAAAAAAACGAAAUAAAUAAGUUAGACUUCCUGAACAUCACAAGUGCGUAUGCACGAUUCGGCUACGUCGAUGAGGAGAUCUACAAUCUGAUUCGGAGGCAUGCAAAGAAACAUUUGGCAGACAAAGAUCUGAAGUAUAUGGAAUUUAUUAAUAUGUUUACCAGCAUGGCGACAUUCUCACUGAUAGAAAGGAACAGGAGGGCUGACCAUCGCACGGGGGAUCCGAGCGGCCACUUUGGAGAGAUCAUUCAUGUGAUGAUAGAGAUGCUGAGGGGAGGGGCUAACAGCAGGCGUGUCCUUGGCGGGCAUGGGGGCAACACCGACAAUGUAGAGAACCUGGUCGACGAUGUGGCAAAUCACAUCAAGGAGGUGGGAAGCCGCUCCAUCCCACAGCACCACGCGCGCAUCAACGAUAAGAGGAGCAUCAUCGACAACCUGAGCGCAAAGCACACCUGCUGCAUCCUUGCCACGAUGAGCAAAUUGGACACACACGAUCGGCAGAUAUACGAACAGUGCGUAAAAAACAUACGGAGAAAGAUAUUUAAAAUGGAUUCAAGGUCUCUUACCAUGUACCUUCUUUACGUGAGCAAGUUCGGCCUGAUCCCCGAUCGGUACAUAAGAGAGAUCAUAUCGGACAGCUUUAAAACGGCACACCUGAAGAUGGGCGAGACAAACGUAGCUGCUAAAGGAGACGAAAGCGGGCAAGGCGAGCAAGACGACCAUGGCAACCAAUGCGGCCAGAGCAACCCCCUCGACAAGAUGUCCACCCUCUGCGCGCAGCUACAGACGGAAGACGUCGUCAACGCAGUUUAUAUCGUUAGGAGCCUCAUAAAGAACGACCCCGAUUACAGGGCCAGCGCGUACGUUAUGUGUGCGUACUUGGAGGGCAUCCACGCGGGGAUGCAAGGUAGAAGCCGAAGUGCCGCUAAAAGUGCAUCGGGAAGUACAUCCCGAAGUGGCACGCAGAGCAGAACCCCGAGUGGAACCCCUUCCAAGCGCGAAUCGGACCAAAACAUCAUACAUAUUGACGAGGCGCAAGCGGACGAUCCCAGCAUCGCGGCUCUGCUCAGCGGCCGCAAGCUGAACACACAGACGGCCUGCAUCCUCAUGAAUACGCUGGCCUUCAUAAACACACACCUGCGCUUGCCAUGUGAAAGAUACGCUAAGAUGGUCUCCUACCUGCUGCUCUUCUCCCUUCGCUUCAUGGUUGACCGGCUGAACCUGCGUCGCCCACUGCGCCAGCUCCUCUACGAAGGCACCUCCCCAAGGGAAAGCAUGAACCGAAGCAGUGACAGAGAUGGUAAUGAACAAUAUAGCGACAUAGAAGCUAUCGUUAGGAGGAAGAUCGACUCGGCGAGCAUCCGACAGAUUAACAUGACCAUCUUGAUGAUAUUCCACUUGGGUUCACUGAACCCGUUUUGCUACUCACCCCAGUGGGAUGCCACCAACUUGGUUAGCUACCCACUAAGGCUACUACAAUGUUUGUACUUCUUUUUAAAAUUCAGCCCCCUGACCCCGUUUGAGAGAUACACAUCCGUUUACAACGGGGUGAGUAACAGGAGGAAGCUGACCAAUUACUGCGGUCGGGGCUACGCCCACGUGGAUGCGACUGGGUCGACGAGUGAACGGCCCAAUAAGCUUCUCAGUAAGCUACCGAGUGAGCCGCCGAAUCGGCUUCCAACUGGGUUGCUCCCCUCCAUCUCAGAAGGCGAAAUCAACAUCUACCAGACAGUCGCGUCGGUGCUUAAGCGGAAGGUCCGCCACGCAAACUGCACACUGUUGUCCACGUACAGCGUAUAUAUGUACUCCGUCGACGUGUUGAUUUUGCGAGGAGGCGGGGAGGGAGAGGCUCAUGGUAGAUGA